AGUUAAAUUUCGCAUUGAUUACAAAAUACUUUUACUAACCUAUAAAGCGCUACAUGGUCUGGCUCCACAGUAUCUGAGUGAGCUUAUUAAUUACUACAACCCAGCACGUCCACUUCGUUCACAAGAUGCAGGGUUACUUAUAGUUCCUAAAAUUAAAAAGACCAAAGCUGGUGGAAGAGCAUUUUCUUACAAAGCUCCACAACUUUGGAAUAAUCUUCCUGCCUCUGUUCGGUAUUCGGACACAGUCUCAAUGUUUAAGUCUAGACUGAAAACAUAUUUAUUUUCUCAGGCUUUUGAUUAAUAUAGACAAAGGCGCAGAGCUUGGGGGUUCUUGGUCAUAGAAACUUGUGGUGAUCAGGGAUGUUGGGUCGCUGUCGUUCUGCCUCUCUUGUCCAAUCACUCUGGUUUGGGUAGGAGAGGUGGGCGCUGAUGUCCUGUGAAAGCCUUCAUGACCUUGUUACCUGCUCGCUCUCCCUUUUAGUUAUGCUGUAAUAAUUAGGGCUGCCGGAGUCUAAAACUCUCUGUAAAACUGUUUGUCAACUAGCAUUGUACAUUAUUAACUACAUUCUCUGUUGUUUUACCCCGAGGGCAUUCUGAUGGAAACCUGUUUACCCGCCGAGGUUAAGGAUUGAAGUCGAGACUGCCGGGACAACGAUGCUGCUCCUGUCAGAUGUGACGGGUCUGGAGUAAUUGCAACGACAAGAAAUCACUACAGACUUUAUUGAAGACUAGAGCGGAUAACAACUCUAUUAUUAUUUAUUUAUCUAUUUAUUACCAGUUAUAACUUUUAGAUCAUUUAAUUCUGUGUUUGUAUGAUUUGUGUAAAUCGUGUAUUUAUUUAAAGUAUCCUCCAGGCCACCCAUGAAGGAUGGGCCCUGUUGAGUCUGGUUCCUCUCAAGGUUUCUUCCUGUAAUUUUUCAGGGAGUUUUUCCUUGCCACAGUCGCCCUCGGCUUGCUCAACAGGGGUUUUUGUAUCUGUUGGUCCUGGAUUUUGUAAAGUUGCUUUGAGACAAUGUAUAUUGUAAAAAGCGCUAUAUAAAUAAAGUUGACUUGACUUGACUUGACAUUCAGUAAAACUAAACAUUAUACAGCAUGAACUGUUAAAAUGUGCUUUUAGGAUCAUCUGUUAUUUUUGGUGUAAACUUUGUUUGUUUGUAACCAGCAUGAGGCGACUGUGCUGAUAGAAGAUGUGAGAUUGUGUAGGAUUGAACACUGUGAGAACAUCAGACACAGCUUUCACUUCCAGCUGGUUUCACCCACUAAGAGGUGUUUUUUGAAAGCUGAUUCAGAAGAGAUUGGACAGGCUUGGAUGAAAGUAAUACAGAACAUCAUUACUAAGCCUGGUGAUGCUGACAGAUCAGACAGCUCGGAGACACUAGACAGGACGUCGUCAUCGUCUGCAGUUAGUUCAGAAUCAGAUCAGCACCAAAAAGCAUCUGGAUCUUCAGCCUCUGUAUCUGAGAUCAGCCUUGGUGAAGUGAUCUUUGAAUGUGCUGCUGAGUUGAAUGACUCUGAUGCCUCUGUUGAGAGCGGUGGUAAGUAUAGUACAUACAGCUUUUCAGGGGUUUGUUCUGUAGGUGCAGAAGAAGAAAUCCUGAGCGAUGAAGAAAGCCCAGAGGAUCCAACCACCAGCGUUCAUUUCUUCAACAACCUGAACCAUGAAGAGAGUUUUGAUUGUUGCUACACUGUGGGAGAGCUGCUGGGAGAAGGAGGCUGUGGUGUGGUUUAUGCUGGUGUUUGUAAUGCAGAUGGGAAACAGGUUGCUGUGAAAUAUGUGCUGAAGGACCCCCGCGACAGAUUCAUCACUAUUCCUGGAGAGACGUACCCACUUCCUGUGGAGGUGGCGUUAAUGAAGAUGGUAUUCAAGCCACCUCACUGUAAUUCUGUGCUGAAACUACUGGAUUGGUUUGACACGCCCGAGCACUACAUCCUAAUCCUGGAGCGACCCAUCCCCUGUAUGGACCUCUUUGACUUCAUUCAGCAGUUCCCAAUGAAUGAAGCUGUGGCUCAGCUCAUCAUGUGGCAGGUGGUUCUGGCUGCAAUUCACUGCCAUGAUUGUGGAGUUUUUCACCGGGACAUCAAGCCAGAAAAUCUUCUGGUGAACACAGAGACACUGGAGGUCAAGCUGAUCGACUUUGGCUGUGGGGACUUACACAAGGAAACAGCGUACACCUCAUUUUCAGGCACUAAGUCAUACGCUCCACCUGAGUGGAUAGUUGAGACGGAAAUGUAUGGCUGCCCUGCUACUGUGUGGAGUCUGGGCGUACUCCUGCACACCAUAGUUUGUGGAGAGAUGCCGUUCGGGGAUGAAGUGGAGAUUGUUGAUGGGGGCCUGGACUUUUUACCUGAACUUUCUGAUACAUGCUACCAUCUGAUAAGUAGGUGUCUGGAGAAACAGCCUGAAAAACGUCUCAGCCUUAAAGAAAUCCUUCAGCAUGAGUGGUUUACAGAGAACAGUAUGAGGUUAGGGCAUCUGCGUGGAUGAAGAUUAUAGAAAGAAGACUGUGUGUGUGUGUGAAAGACCUUAAAUAAAAAUAAAGGUUCUUGUGUAAAUAACA